AGAAAAUCAGCGAAGCCUAUGAAGUAGCCUACUCGGGAAUCGGUUAUGAACAAAGUUAUGAAAUUUGGUUGAUGGCUAUCUACAUAAUCAAUACAUUGAAAAUUAUAACAUGCCGUCACCCGCAUGUCGUGUGGCAAAUCUAUUGCUCCUGUUCUGUGGCUUCGCCUAUUCCUGUGGAAGUGCAGAAUAUGAAAUUAAUGGAGAGUGCUGUCCAAGGUGCACACCUGGGACACAUGUUCAUGAACACUGCACAAAAUUUGGUAGUACCUCAUGUGUGCCAUGUGCUCAAAAAACAUUCAUUGACGUGCCAAGCAAUCUUCCCGAAUGUUUGCCUUGCAGAAUGUGUGACCCAGGCUAUUCUGCUUUAAAAAUAGUCAGGGAGUGCACCCCCACCUCUGACACAGUGUGUGGGCCUCUGGAGCACCACUACUGCACUAAGACCGAUUAUAAGGGGUGCACAUUUGCACAGAAACACACCAUCUGCAGGCAUGGACAAUUCAUCAUACGCAACGGAACAACAUCGGCUAAUACCAAAUGUGGAGACUGUCCUGAUAAAACUUUUUCCAAUGAAUCCUCGUCUGCAUACUGUAAACCACACACAGAUUGCCAGUCCUUGGGAAUGCAGGAAACUACAGCAGGAACAAACACAUUGGAUAGUGAAUGUGGACCAAGAAAUAUUCCUGUUUCCAUCGUUAUUGUGUCUGCGCUCCUUCCUUUAGCUGUUAUUUUAGCAAUAAUUUUCAUUUUAAAGAAGUUUCUCCCUCUAUAUGAGAGGAGAAGGAAGAACAUGGCAACAUAUCUGACAGAACAUGAGAGAAUGAACAGGCCAAACCAGCCACAGGAUGAAGCAAGUAUCUAUAAGGUGAAGAACACAGCUAGAAGAGGACUUCAUAUGACAGACUUACUGUAAGAGAAGCAAUAUGUCAAUUCAGGAUGGACAACAGAGAGAACUGUUGUUUUGAGCUGAAAGUUAUACUGCCCCAGAGUGGCAGCCAUUAGAAUGAUGGAGCACCCUCCUCCAGAUGCAGUUGGUUCAGCUCCUACUCCAUACCUGUUACCAGCCUGGCAUUAUCACCCAUUGGCCUUCCAACUCGUCUCUCCUCAUGAACAGAGUUAUCCUUGCCCAGCUUCAGUUUUAUCUUGUGAUUGACAUUCAUGCACUGUUUAUGUACAUUUUUCUGUUUUUAUACCUGCACUAUACAAAUAAAAUUGAACUGAAUUGA